AAUUCAUUCCCUGCCUCUGAACCUCUUUUCUGUAUUCCCGUUUGCUAAUGGUGCUGAAUGAUACUUUAUGGACUCGAUGUGAGGGUCAAUCCGAGUACGGUCGAGGUUAUCAUCCGCUCUUUACAAGCCAGGUUUGACAAUUCCUUUUGAUGUCUGGUUUGAACUUGCAGGCAAUAUACGUUUUCACUGUCUCAAUGCCCAAUCCUUCAUUUCAUUUUCUAUCUACUCCACUGAUGUGCACAAUCAAUCGUACGAAAUAUGCAUGCAGAGACGCAAGUCAGGCAGCAACCGAAUACAACGACCUUGCCUCUAUCCAGCCAAGUUGCCUGUGCCUUGCUGAUUAUUCGGUCAAAGCCAAAUCAAAUACCUAUCGAAGAACACCUGCAGCACCUUCGCAGUGCCAUAGUUCGGCAAGAAGCUGACGAUUCUUCAAAGUCCCCGAAUCUCGGUUCACUUUUCUAUUGGCAAUCUGCCCAUCAAGCAUCCGAACGUGAACGACUAGCACUUGUCGACGAAGUUGCUAAGCUGGAGAAAGAACUAGAAAUGCUCCAGGGGGGUUCGAGGCGUGCGUCACUCGAUGUGGGAGAGCCUUCAGCAUUUUUCGCGGGACAGGAACAACCCUACAGGGGUGUAAAUGAUGACACUGGCGAGGCUGCUAACGACAAAGACAAUACUUCUCACCCUACGAAUUUUGCUGGUGCGCAUGUUGAUUAUCGUCAACAACUUCUCCGAGGCAUUUUCUCGCUCAAGCAUAACCUUCGUCUUCAAACACCUGACUACGCAAAACUCUCGGCUUCAAUUCGACUUGUUACAACCACCAUUUACUACGGUAUCGUUCCAACAAAACCCGAACACACCGCCCAAAGGAUCUCUCCCGACGCCCGGCUAGGUGAUCAGCUUGGAAAUGUGCUCGAAGACGCCUACCCUUUGAUCCUACAAGGGCUAUCAUUGCUUCAAAGGGAGACUUGUGAGGAGAGUCAAUCCAUAAUCUCUGCAGUCCCGGAUGUCGUGAGAUUGUUCACAGCCAUCCUCUCCGGACUCCAUAAGUCUGUGCAGGAUGCAGUGGCUCAUCGAAAAGAAACGACAGAUACACCUGGGCCAUCUUCCCAGGACAGACUUGGUAGGUACCAAAACUUUUCAGUCUCGAUGGAUUGCUCCAAGCAGUUUAGAUCAAUGAGCACGAUUCUCACAAGGAUGGUCCUCCACUUGGAUCUAUCUCAGAAUGCACACUGUGAAGCUUUCGAGGGGUUCUUGUGCGCUUUACUUGAUCACAUGGGAUCUUUACUGUCCCUUCUGGUUUUCUCAACGCCUGAUCACGAACCAAGAUCGGAUGUUGGGAUUCUCCCACCGAAGGGCUUACUGGGCACACCUCACUCGAAUCUUGAGGUGGCGAUCGAGUCUGUAAAGAUUGAAGGACCAUAUGUGAUAUCUGUCCUGCGCGAGGCCACCGAUUUCCUCCAGAGCAACAUGAAAGUCAUGUCUGAAAGAUCCUUGUUGCUCUUCACCACGCGAAAAAUGCCGGAUGAUAAAGGCCUGCGGCAUGCGGUGGAAGAGAGGCUUCAGAAGACUUUACUUCGGGGAGUAUUUGGAGACGACGACGCCACCUUCAGUGGUGGGUUGUGUAGGCAUCAUCAUUUGAUCGAACCAGAUAUGGACAGUCUGAUGAAUGAGAUGAAGCCAGACGCAAACACUUCUGAAUGGUUCAUUGGUCAGCUAUGGGAGCAUUUGGGAUGGGACAUACUAUCAGGCCGUGACACUUGUUACUAGUGUAUGCAUUUUGGCCCUUUUAAACAGACACGAGACCAUGAUAGGAGUUACAUUUGUG